UUAGCCACAGAUCCCACAUUUUAAGAUUCACAAUGCUUUACUCUUCCUGCCUGGUACAUAGAUUAGAAUGCUAUUUAUUCCCCACAAAAGAAAGAAACAAACCGAAAACCUUUGUGAGCUCAUUAAACAGCUCACCCACAUUCCCUUUCUGCUCAGUUUUCUGACAUGUAAGAAAACCUUGCCUGGGUCCCAAGGAAUUUAUAGCAUUCUCUGAAAUGCGACUUUAGUUAAUAGUUAAUAUGCAAUUGGAUUCCCUCUGUUAAACUUGGCAGUGAUGGAAUUUCCUGGUUGAAUUAUAUAUGUGGCCAGUGAAUCACUGAUACAGCCUCCACUAUCUUUGGCAGAAGCCAAGGUUUUGGAGCAAAGUUGAGAAGAAAUCAUUGGUUGAUCUUUAACAAUUACCAUUUAAUGUGUAACUACUCUAAAACUAGGUGCACUUGCCAGUUUUUAAAACCAUCUGCAUGGUUUUAAAAUGGCCAAGAGUUGUGGUUUGACCCCAGCUGGCAACUAAGGCACAGGCACUUGCUCACACCCCUGGUGGGAUGGGGCAGACAAUCAGAGAGGUAAAAGCGAGAAAACCUGUGAGUUGAAACAUAGACGUUUAGUAGGUAAAGCAAAAGCUGCACUUUCAAGCAAAGCAAACCAAAGAGUUCUUUUACCACAUUCCAUGGGAAGGCAGGUGUUCAGCCAUCUCCAGGAAAGCAGGAUUCCAUCAUGUGGAACAGUGACAUGGGAAGACAAACACCAUCACUCUGAACCUCCCCCUCCUCUCUUCUCCCAGCUUUUGUACUGAGCGUGACUCCAGAUGGUCUGGGAUACAUCCCUGUGGUCUCUUGAGGUCAGCUUUCUUGGCUGUGCUCCUCCUUUCUUCUUCUCCCAGCUUUAUGUACUGAGCAUGACUCCAAAUGGUCUGGGAUAUAUCCCUGUGGUCUCUUGAAGUCAGCUUUCCUGGCUCUGUUCCUCCCAACUUCUUGUGCAUUCCCAGCCUCCUCCAUGGUGGGGUGGGAGGCAAAAAAGUGUAAUCCCUGCUCAAUGAUAGUGAAAACGUCCCUGUGAGCACUUUUCAGCACAAAUCCCAAACACGUCUCCCUGCCAGCUGCUGUGAAGAAAAUGAACUCUACCCCAGCCAAAACCAGCACAUGAGAUAUGGUUGUGCCUAGGGAGCAAGAUGACGUUGCAGGAGCAAGGUCCUCCAGUGAUCUACAGUGUUCUACUUGAUCACCUUGUCUUAAAAAUACCAUUUGAAUGCAGUUAUGUUUUUAAUUCUUUUCAGUAGUUAAGAUUUUUUUUUAAUGUAAAUCGAGAAAUUGGAAAUACUGCCUGAAGAAACUUUCAUAUGGAAAAAAAUCUUUGUUCCUCAGUUUCUGCUCAAAGAGUAAGGAACAGACUUUGCUAGGGGCUUUGCUUUUAACCACAUUUCUGAAGAAUUGUACAAGCUCCAAGAGAAGCACAGUUUUGUUUCUUUUUUUCAUAGUGUACUUAAUGCACUUUAUAAUGUCUCCAGCAAGAAAAAUGAGUAACAAACUGGGAAACGAAAAAAGAAAGAGCAAGAAAGGAAAAAGUCAAGAAAUGUCUGCCAAUUUAAAGUACCUUUCCUUGGGCAUCCUGGUUUUUCAGACCACAAGUUUAGUGUUGACCAUGCGCUAUUCUCGGACACUGAAAGAAGAAGGACCUCGUUACUUAUCCUCUACUGCAGUAGUUAUUGCUGAACUUCUGAAGAUUUUGGCCUGUGUUCUAUUAGUCUACAAAGACAGCAAGUGCAAUUUACGGACUCUGAACAGAGUGCUACGUGAUGAAAUCCUUAACAAACCCAUGGAAACUCUUAAACUUGCUAUUCCUUCAGGAAUUUACACUCUUCAGAACAACUUGCUAUAUGUAGCAUUGUCAAACCUAGAUGCAGCCACAUACCAGGUUACAUAUCAACUGAAAAUUCUCACCACAGCAUUGUUUUCUGUGUCCAUGUUGAGCAAGAAACUGGGUGUAUACCAGUGGCUGUCACUUGUAAUAUUGAUGACAGGAGUGGCAUUUGUGCAGUGGCCUUCAGAUUCUCAAGCAACACCUGCUAAGGAGCACUCAGCAGGAUCACAGUUUGUAGGCCUGAUUGCAGUUCUCAUAGCAUGCUUUUCUAGUGGAUUUGCUGGAGUUUAUUUUGAGAAAAUUUUAAAGGAAACUAAGCAGUCUGUGUGGAUCAGAAACAUUCAGCUUGGAUUUUUUGGUAGCAUAUUUGGACUUAUGGGUGUUUACAUUUAUGAUGGAGAACAACUGUCAAAGAAUGGAUUUUUUCAAGGAUACAAUAAACUUACUUGGGUGGUGGUUGUUCUACAGGCACUUGGAGGGCUGGUGAUUGCUGCUGUUAUAAAAUAUGCAGACAACAUUUUAAAGGGAUUUGCAACUUCUCUCUCCAUUAUACUGUCAACAUUGAUCUCCUAUUUCUGGCUGCAAGAUUUUGUCCCUACAAGUGUCUUUUUCCUUGGAGCCAUCCUUGUAAUAGCAGCUACUUUUCUAUACGGUUAUGAUCCCAAACCUGCAGGAAAUCCCAUUAAGGCAUAGCAGACUUCCUCAUCAACCUGCUUCUUGAGAUCAUGCACUGGGGGCCUUGCUAGCACUGGCAUGUGGGAAGUGUCACUGUGCACUGCAAGGGAAGGAUGUCUGCCCUGAAUAUAUUGAAGAAAUGCCGAUGAGUAGUUCUGGACAGCCAGAGGGCUUACAGGUGGAGGGUGAUGCUGUCUGCAGCUGACGGGGUGUGGGGGGGAAACGUCAGGGGAAUGCCCAGUGCAACUUGCUAAUAAAAACUUGAAAGGAACCAAAAGUUUCCAAGAAACUACAAUUAGGAAUGUUUACAGCUUUGACUGAGAUUGCAUCAAAAGAAUUACUGUAUUGACUGCUGCAGAAAAUAUGUCCUAUGCACUCUUGGAAAGAGCACACGACAACAUUGUCAGAUUGUAUGUUUUUGCUAUUCAAUACUAUUUAAUCUUAGUAAAUAUGUUUUUAACUGUUUGUCUAUUUACGUGAAAUGAGCUGAAAGUCAUAGUUCUAAAGUGAUGGUUCUAAUUAGGUACUCCUUAUUAAAACUGAAAAUUGAAAUAUGAUUGAAAGACACUCAUAUCAAAUAUUUUUAUAUUUUUAGAAGGCUGAUUUAAUAACAGAAAUCUGUUAUUAAAUGAUACUAUAAUUCUGUUGCUUCUAUAAAACUAUGGUAAGAAUGUUAAUAUUCUCACUGGAGUACCAAGGGAGGAAUACUCCAGCCUUCAUCAGCCUGUAGUGUUGGAGCAGAUGGAAUAACUCUGGGAGCAGGGGCUGGAGGUUACCAUGCUAACCUGGGAGGAGCAGUAGGGUUAUGGUGGGUGCUUGCUCAGAUGCGAUGUUGAUUCUUUUUUUUUUUACUGAUUAUAAAUCAACUUUUUGGUAGAACCUUAAAAGUAGCUUUUGUGCUUUAAAUAGCCUCUGAAGAUUUUUUUAAACCAUGAUUUCAAAAAACAAAGAGCCCAUAAUAAGCAUUUAAAGGCAUUAUCAUUGUCUGUAACAGCUCCAUCUGGAGAUAUUAUGGUAUGGCAUCUGUAUACUGUACUGUACUUUAUUACAGAGGUGUUUUUUAAACAAAUGUUUACUCAUGAACUCUUCCAGGCUUUUUCUAUAUAUUUCUAUGUAAUGGCUUAAUUAGAAUUUUGGUGGGUUUUUUUUAAUUAUUAUUAUUUUGUUCUGAGAGUCCUUGAGCCAAAAUGAGUUAUCUGGACCUAUUUGUUCUAGUAGUGGAAUUACUUUAAUAGUAGAUAUAAUUUAAAAGCAAUUAAUUGUGCAAUAGGUAAAUAUAAAAGCAUGCUGUUAUUCUGUUUAAAACAAAAAAAAAAAAAAACUUCACAAAGAAACCUUGCUGCAAUUAGAUCAAUUAGACUGUUAUGAACACUUCACUUGAAGUAUUUGCAUAUAGUCAGAAACACUAAAAAAAUCUUGAACUAAUAAACUUAAAAACUGUCUUAAAAAUCAUUGGUUUUCAGGUUUACAAUGGAUGUUAAUGUAGGGUGACUCGUGUGACACCUGUGGUGAUGCAUUUAUAUAAAAGCAUUUUAGGAGUCCCUUGCCAGUAGAAUGGCAAGUGGUAUAAAUGUCUUUAUUCCUUUGUUCCCUGCCACCACCCCCUCCAUGCUCUUUCUCACAUCUGUCUUGUACUAAAGAAAAUGUGUGAUAGAAGGGUGUUUUGAAAUGUUUACCUAAGUACCUCAUCUGACUGACAAGGAGAUUCUGUAGGAGUGCUCUGAGAUUUCUUAAUGAAGUAUUGUAAAUGGGAAAGGAAGAAUACAAUUUAUGUUAGUUAAGUAAAAAUAGUGUCUUUCUUCUGUUGACAAUUACAUGUUUUAUCAACGUUUUGUUUGUUUGUCUUAUCAGAGCAAGACAUUAAAGAAAUAUCAGAGCUCUGCCUUGGGCUUGCUAAGCUUUGUGAACUGUGAAUCUGUCCCAGCAUGUUGUAAUUGCAGUAGCUUUGCUACUUGGCGAUCAAAACUAUCUAAAUGGGCAUUCUGUGUUACUAUUAAAUGUUUUACAUGUAACGUCCAAUGUGGCACAAUCUUUGAAAAGUCCCAUUUAGCCAUUUCCCCCUGCGGUGCAGGCUGAGGUAAGAUGUGUGUGUAGAGCAAGCAGUGGCUCACAGUGGUGCCACGUACAGAAUGGGAACUGCAUUGCUCUGAAAUGAGGUGGGAGGUGUUGGUAGUAAUUUCUCAAAUGGAGUUUGGCCCUACACAAUAAUACUUUUGAUUUUGUGAGUCACAGUAGUGGGAGUGUUCAAGUGAUAGAAUUGGUUACUUUCCUAAGAAAAGUCUCCAAAAAACAUAAAAAGCAGGUUGUGAACACUUUAAAGUUGGUUGUACAGGAAGGGACCAAAAAAGCCAAAAUAUUACCACGUGGCUGGAGCUCUAUGACAUGUAGCCUGGUUUUAAUAUUUCAGGUGCACCUGUCAAUAUUUGCCAGGAUGUUUAAAGGAAAGACCAGGAGUAUGUGCUCUUUGCUUUGGAAAAGGAUGCCAUGCAGCUUUGGAAAACUGCCUGCUGUACUAAGGAACAGUAGCUCCUUUCUGUAAAGGAACAGUAACUCCUGUCUGUAAAUCGGUGACUUCCGUGCUUUCACUUGACAGUCCCAUUCUGGUUUCCAGCAGAAGGAUAGAUCUCAUCACAGACUUGUUGCUGAAAAGGAAAAAUGUAUUUGCAUUUUUAGCUAUGUUUCCUCACAGAGAGGAAAGGCUGUUCUCUGAGGUGUGGCUCUGGACAAGGGGAGGUAGCACAUGUUUUCUGAGAACAGAAAGGGCUUGAGGUGGGCUCACUGAUUUCUGUAACCUUUGCACCGGGGAGCAUAUGCACAUUUUCUCACGGAGAUACUUUUGUAUUUGGAUUUUUAUUUUUUUAAGUAGCUUUAAGUCUAUAACUCAUUAACUAACCAAAGAGGAAUAGCUAGCACAGAGUUUUGGGAAGUAGUGGAUAAUGUGCUUUGAGUUUGCCCUAAAAGCAAAUGCUGUAGGAGUCUAACUUCCCAAAAAUAAACUUGUCUUCCUGAACUAUUUUCUGACUUUUAGACAAUGGUUUUGUUAGUUAAGUUGUAUAUUUAGGAGGCUAACCUAUACUUAGCAGAAUUUUGUUUAAAUAUUUAUAAAGUUGUAGCUAGCUAUUUAUUUGUAAUAACUUGAAUUAUGUGAUCUUCCUUUCUAGACUUAUAUAUUGGGUGUACUAGUAUUUAUUGAAUACUUGGAUAUUUGGCAGUUUUAUUUGAGAAUAUCUGGGAUACAUGGUAAAUGGUCAAAUAACAAUAAAGUUAGGACUAUCUUCAAAGCAAAAUAGAUCAGUUCAGUGGUGAAAAAACUUAAAGUCUAAUAAAGUAAGAUAAACUUUUCUUUCAACAUUGUAUUUCUAAGCAAUCCACAAGUGCCCAAAAAUUUAUUUUCUCAAAGAAUUCAGGUAAUUGUGUAGUUUUAUUCAACUUCAUUGUUUUAGAAAAACUUAAAAAAUACCUUCCUUUUUAUUUCAGUAAAGGGUAGAUUAGUGUUCUAGAUUCAACUCCUAUAGUAUAACACCUUUGGAUUUUUACUACAAUGUUUUAAUAACUAUUGUGUUAUUUUUCCUCAAAAAGAUAAAACAUUCUCAUUUUGCUUGUGUUUCAUGCACAUGAACACAGGCCUCUCACAGACUCUUAGUAGUACAUAAUUCUUUUGUAUUUCUAACUUAUUUUUUGGCUGUAGCAAAAUACUGUAAUAGAUUUUGUUCAUUUUUUUAAUUGAUAAAUGAAACAUUGCAUUUGUUCUGGUUUUUGUUGUCAGUAACUUUCAUAUUUGAAUGUAUUUCCUGAUCAGCCCUGCAUGUUCUGUUGUAUUUAAGUGAUUGUCAUUUCCCAAAUUUGCUUGUUCUCCUGGUGACAAUGUUUCUUGGUGGAUAUUGUGUGGAGGUUUAUGCAUUCCUUUCAUAUCUGAAAUUUAUGUUUGUGAGAAUGAGUUAUUAAAAACCAGUAAGGGG